GUGCAAAUUACUCCACUUGUAUACUACUGCUUAUAUAAAAUUAUGAACAAUAUUUAAUUAAAAUGAAUUGCACUUUGGGACAUGACUUUUCAAGAAUCUCUAAAACUUAAUACAAAAAUAUGGACAUGCUCAUUUGACCCCAUUAUUCGCUAAGCCAAAGAGAAACGUCUCACAUCUCCGAGAACCAGUGACAGCGAGCAAAAGGAGAGCAGCAAAAAAUCGGAUUAUUAUUCUGCAGCGGAGGACGAAAACAACAGUGCAAUUUUAUUCCAACAUUUUAGCAGUGAAAUUGGUGUUUAUUCCCAUUUUUAUUGAGUUUUCCUGGUAAAUUAUGGACUCGGUUACAAUCCUAGAUGGGUACUUACGGAAAGCAGUCAAUCCGAAAAAUGCCGAUCUCGACAUUUCUGCAAUCGAUCAGUUUUGCCUUACGUUGAAAAAGGAUCCAUCGCUGAUAACAGUGGCCCCUUCACUGUUGGCCGGCCGGAUUCAAUCGGGAAACAGCAAGGAAGCACUGCUGGCACUUGAUGCCCUAGAGGAAUGUAUGGAGACGUGUGGGAAGGAGUUCCGGUCAGAGAUCAACAAGUUUCGCUUUUUGAAUGAGCUGAUCAAACUGGUGUCGAAGAAGUUCGAUGGCGAUAAGACACCCAAGGAGGUUUCGGAAAAGAUACUGAAUGUUCUUUUGACUUGGACCAACAAAUACGAAAAUUGUGGGAAAAUCCAGGAAGCCUACAAUUUAUUAAAAACCCAAGGAAUUGAACACCAUCCUCAGCAAAAUGUUGUAGUGAAGAGCACACCUAAGAACGAAUCACGAAGCAGCUUGGACGAAAAGGAGUUUGCCAAACUUCGGCAGCUGAUCAACAGCAGUAAACAGGAAGAUAGAGAUAAGGCUAAUCUGCUUAUACAGAAUUUCUAUCGGGACGACGAACGACGAACCCAUAUGAAAAACAGACGAUUCGCAGAGCUACAAAAGGUAGCCGAGAACACGAAACUUCUGGAUGAGAUGCUUGCGCAGUAUCGACCCGGAGAGACGUCCGACGAUGAGCUGGCAAUUAUUCGGGAAAUUUUCGAAUCAUGCGAAGGGAUGCAUCCCACGAUUAUUCGCCUGGCGGAAGAAACGCAGCAUAGUGAAGGAAUGUUAGAUCUAUCCCAUCAAAAUGGAGUACAGAAUCUAGCGAAAUUUUGGAGCCUAGCCAGUGAAUUUGAGAAAAUAUUCGAGGUCAAUGAUAAUCUAACCCAAGUCCUGGACAAAUAUCGGCAUCUGAUAUUAAAGGCACCGGCUUCUGAACCCAAACCAACUAGUUUGGCAGCUACUUCAUCUGCAUCCCAUUUCAAAAUCUCCGAUUCGGUUGCAUACUCACCGAACAUUUCCGAACCGGAUCCACUUGAUAGUCUAUUCGAUAUUUCUACCAUUCCCUCAAGUAGCGAACCAGCACGCAAUGCAAUGGAUGAUCUCAGCGAAAUUUUCUCCGCUUCUAUUAGCACUGAUGGUGCGAAUUCGAAAGUGAAUUCUUCUACCUCGUCGGCAUCAGUUGUCAAUAGUGAUACCAUACUAACCCCUGUCGUGAUGAGCAAUGGGUCUAACACCCAGUUUGAUUUUCUGGGACCAACCGUUACAAACGGUUUCAACAAGUAUAGUGGCAUGCAGACCAGCUCAAAUGGCCAUGCGAUUGUCAAUAUCAAAUCGGUACCCUCAAAUAUUGAGACAAACCAGAAGCCUUCCAGUUCUAACACCAACAGCACCAAGCUGGAAACCACGAGUGGGAUUAAAACGCUACCUGAUCUAGACUUUUUGGUCAGUGGAAUGAAGUCAACUCUUCUCUCGCAAUCUAGUGUAAAAUCGUCAUCAGAUGAAGUUUUACAGCCCAAUGAAAUCCCUUCAAGUGAUGACGAUGAUAAAGUAUUAAAUCCAGUCACACCUAUCGUAGAAGUUCCUGUUCCGAUUCCAUCAGCGCCUGCAGAACCUGUGUCAGUGGAUGCUCCCAAAUCUAAACCAGAAUUCAAAUCACUAGCCGAAAUAGUUAUUGACCUAGACAAUAUUCAACCCAGUCGGGAGCCCUCCCGGACGGUACUUAACGAAAAGGAUGGCCUUCAGAUAACGCUCAACUUUGCCAGCGACCACCCGAGACCGGACGUAACCGUGAUAGUAAUUUCCACAAUCAAUCAAGGCCGAGAAGAAAUUCCCAGUUUUCACUUCGAUGCCAGUGUUCGGAAGCCUUGCAAACUGCGACUGCUGCCUGCAUCCAGUACAAGCCUGCCCGGUACGAAACCGUUCCGACCACCGGCUGAUGGCAUCACACAGGUCCUUCUGCUGGCAAAUCCCUCCGCGCAACCCGUAGACCUGACCUGUAUUCUCACGUACUGCGUUGGAGACGAUCCGGAUCCAAUCAAGGACUCGAUAGUGAUGAAAGAUGUUCCUUUCGUAAGGGAAUAGUGAUCGAUUUGUGCUAUGCAUGUCUCGUUUGAUCAUAAAAUAAGCGGAAAAAAAUGGUAGACUGUGAUUACGAGGUAUGAUGUUUCAAAAUUUUCCUUAAAAACUUUCGAUAAAACAAUCGGGCCCUGCUUUAGUUGUUGCACGAAUAUCUUGGCGAGACCAGGGCUUAUAUCCUGAUGCAAAUGGAAAGAAUUUGAGUUUUCGUACCAAAAUGUCCGAGGUAUCAUAUUUAUGCAUUGCUUUAACGCGAGCUGUUAGUAGCUGGUCGAUUAUUUUAACUAGUAUUGUAAAAAAUAAAUCAUUACCCUAUCUUAAAAUUUGACCGAAAAAUAUCAAAUGUAUCGCAUUACUGAAAAAUAAAA